AAUAAUGUUAUUUUUGUUUGAUGGGAUAGUACAUUUAAGUAACGCAUGCGGUUUGAAAAAGAUCUCAGAUUGAUUUGAAUCCAGUGGUAAAUUCGCUUGCCUAAGUAUGUUGUAGAUUAUUAAAAUCUUUAGAAAAAAGUUACGAAACUGCACAUUUCAAAUACUCAACAUUUAAAAUAAAAUGAACCUUUUUUAAAAAAAAAAGUAUUUACGUUUUCUUAUUUGAAAAAAGAGACAGACAACGAAAGAGAAAUUACGAUAUAAAACACUUUCUGUUUUCUGUUUGUAUGUGUACUAGUUUCACAAUGACUACAGGUUUCUAGAAUACGGAUUCUGGGGUUUUGUUUCUGUCACAGCGAAUCCUUUUACAGACGAUGUACAUCAUCCACAUUUUGAUGUAAGAGUGGAACAAUAGUUUCCUACCAGGGGUACUAUGAACUAUGUACUGGCUUAUUCACAGGGAGAUGAGACCAAAGGCAGGCUGGUAAAAUGUGUGACAGAAUAAAGGGGUACUUCACGAGAAAAAUUCGGUUGGUAAUGCGGUGAGCAAAGACAUUUGGGAACUGUUGGGCUAGAACGUACUAACGGACUGGUUUUUGUUUCAUCCUUCCCAUCAAACUGUCACACCGGACAACCUGCCAAACGGCUUCUCCUCUGAACGUGCUGGGGCCCGCCCGCUUGUGAUACUGACGUGGCCUGUGUUGGAGAGGACGUCUAACAGAUCCCAUCUGAUGGCUUCAGUUAUGGAGUUAAUGUCCUGGAACUGACCCGUGACAGACUGUGGGGAUGCAGGAUGUUGCAGGCUGGACAGAGACGACCGCGAGCUGUGUGCUCGAGGAUCACCACUGCGGGAUCAGGAAGGAACUACGGUAGCUGGCUAGCCGCUACAUCACGGAUCUUCUGCUCGCGCUAUUCCGGGCCGACUUAGACAACGUGUGAUUCACCAUGACGACUGAAUCAGGAGCGGACUCGGAGCCUAAACAGCAGCAGGACAAAGACUGGACGGAGAAGAAGGAGAAAACAUCCGAACACUUCCCAACCGUUGUAGGAUACAGUACUCCUGCCAAGAAAAACCAGUUGGAGGAGGACCUGUCAUCGACCCGGUCGUCAACCAGUCGCCUGUCGAUCAAGUCUCCGCUGAGGGGAGUCAAGAAGCUGAAGAACAUGCAGUGCAAAGUGACCCUGCUGGAUGGCUCCGACUACACCCUGACGGUGGACAAACGAGCGCGAGGGCAGCUGCUGUUUACCAAAGUCUGUGACCAUCUGAACCUGCUAGAGACAGACUACUUUGGCAUCACCUACCGCGAUGUGGAGAACCAAAAGAACUGGCUGGACCCUAACAAGGAACUGAAGAGGCAGAUAAGAAGUGGCCCCUGGAACUUUGCCUUCAAUGUGAAGUUCUACCCACCAGACCCAGCACAGCUCUCUGAAGAUAUCACCAGGUACUACCUUUGUCUCCAGUUGCGUGAUGACGUGGUGUCGGGUCGUCUCCCCUGCUCCUUCGCCACCCACACGGUGCUGGGCUCCUACACAGUGCAGUCGGAGCUCGGGGACUAUGACCCAGAGGAGACCACCUACAGCAGUGAGCUCCGCUUCGCCCCCAACCACACCAAGGAACUAGAGGAUAAGGUCAUGGAACUCCACAAGACUCACAAAGGGAUGACGCCAGCUCAAGCUGAGAUGCACUUCCUGGAGAAUGCCAAAAAACUGUCCAUGUAUGGAGUUGACCUCCAUCAUGCCAAGGACUCUGAAGGCGUGGAGAUCAUGUUAGGCGUGUGCUCCAGUGGGCUCCUCAUCUACAGAGACCGACUGAGAAUUAACCGGUUUGCCUGGCCCAAAGUGCUCAAGAUCUCCUACAAGAGGAACAACUUCUACAUCAAGAUACGUCCUGGGGAGUUUGAGCAGUUUGAGAGCACCAUUGGUUUUAAACUCCCUAACCACCGUGCAGCCAAGAGACUGUGGAAAACAUGUGUGGAACAUCAUACCUUCUUCAGAUUGGUGUCACCAGAGGCCCCUCCUAAGAACUUCUUGGGUCUUGGUUCCAAGUUCCGCUACAGUGGUAGAACCCAGGCCCAGACCCGGAGAGUCUCCUCUCAGAUCAUCAGGGCAGCGCCCAUCUUUGAGCGCUCCUCUUCCAAGCGCUACACCAUGUCCCGCAGUCUGGACGGAGCCCCCGGCACAGAGAACCACGAUGCCCUGAUGAGGGACGCCACGCCCGCAAAAGCCAUCAAUGCGGGAGACCUGAUCACCACGGUAACGCCGGAGAAGAAAGCGGAGGAGGAGAGGGCCGAGGAAGAGGAGGGACAGGCCAACGCUGCCGAGACUACAGAGCCCAACGUCCCUUCAACCCCGCUCAGACAGGAAAACAAGCCAUCCCCAUGUCUGUACGCCACCGACCCCCUCCGCUCCGAGCUCUCCCUCCCCUCCUCCCCCGUGGCCUCCACCAAGGUGCGUCGGAGGCGCAGGGAGAGCGCGUCCCGUAAGCGCUGUGCCUCCGUCAGCCCCGUUAAGUCGUCGGCGGGUUGCCGUCGGCGCCAGGCCAAAGCCGACCGCGCCGCCGCCCUCCUAGAGGAGCAGGCGUUGCUCCUGUUGGCACGGAAACAGAGACUAGAGCAGCUGAAGGGUCGCGGGAGGCGCGGCGGCGGCACCCUGUUCUCCUUCUCCCUGCACCUCCCUGACCUCUCCUCCUACCUGGACGAGGACGGCUACCUCACGUUCCCCGACAUCACCGAGCUCACCUUCCUGCCGGAGAGCGUUCAGCACUUCCGGCCCUUCAGGUCGCCCUCCCUCAUACCCUGCUUCCUCUUCAUCUUCUUCUUCCUCCUGUCCACGUCGUUCUCGGUGCCCUAUGCCCUCACGCUGUCCUUCCCCCUGGCGCUGUGCCUGUGCUACUUGGAGCCCAAGGCGGCGUCGAUCACUGCCUCCAUCGCUCAGGGCCUACAUGACCAUGACAGUUGUUCAGAGGAGGAUGACGAGACAGACAGCGAACAGACUGACUUUGCCUUCGACGGGGAAACGACCGUUACCGAGUCAGAGCCGGAGGAUGAUUAUUCUGAAAUGAGGACACAGUGUAGUUUCACCAGGAGAAUUACGGGAGAGAACAUGUUUAUCAGACACAGUAAUCUAAUGUUAGAGGACACAGAGGCAUCUGAGGAGCUGGUGAAACAUCAGAAAGACAUCAGUGACCUGAAGCGCUCCUUCCUGGAGACUCCAGGUGAUGACCCUCAAGGACUGACGGAGUGGGAGAAGAGACUGUCUUCAUCUCCAGCACGCUCCAACAGUGGGCUAAUGGAGGAGGCACCCAUGAUAGAACCUCUCCACCCACCAGCGGAUGCCACAGAACCGGUCCCAGCUGCUGUGGAACAGAUGGAGGAGGUACAAGCAAAUGGCAUCCAGGCUACAGAAUACAACGGCACGGUGGAUACUUGUGAUGUCACAUUGGGGGCGGGCAUUGCAGGAGCUCAGGGGAGUGGCCGGAUGACUAUGACUGACACCUCAGAGAACAUCAAUGACUGGACAGUUGGACAGAAAGAUGGGGAGAAGCCCUCAGUGUCUCCGGAGCUGAAGGUCAGCCCAGGGACAGUCAGACAGGAAGUCUCUUCAGCCAUCUUUGACAAGAGAGGAACACUGAUCAUCCUGAGGGAACUGGAAUCUCAAGACAAAACGGUCCCCAGUACAUCCCACUUCACUGUGACCAAGCCAGAGAAAGAAGGUGGGACUUCAACCACUAAUGAGGCUGAAGGGGAUGAACUAGAUGGAGGUGGGGAUUGGCUGAUCAUGUCUAAGAACAAUGUUGUUGAAGACAAAACUGGUGCGGUAGAUGCUGUGGGUGUGUCUGAGGAGACUAGCGACACCAGAGAGACGUCUCUCAACUUCCAGACUGACGAGAUGAGUGAUGUUACCUCCAGUCAGAAGACUGAGGCCCCCUGUCCCUCUGAGAUUGUUACGGAGACAGUUGAAAGGUCAGAGUUCACUGGCGUGUCCCCUGAGGAGGUGACCAGGCCAGAUGCCAAAGAUUCGGCACCACAGAGCGAGUGGCAUGGCCAGGGGGAAGCUUGGCGUGACCUGUCGCCGGCUGGCUCAGCUGACGGUCAUUUGGACAGCAAACCUUCAUGUGACUCUCUGGCUGUGUCGUCGCUUGGAUGGGUCCCCCUCCCCGAAACCAAGGGCUCCGCUGGAGACGAGGAGGAGAUGGAAAGGAGACCGGAAACGCCAACGGUGAAUAUCUGCCUACAGGCCCACAUACAGGCUAGAGAAGCACUUCAAGAAACACUCGCUGCUAAUCUAGAACCAGAAAUACAGCCACAACCUUCCGCCACUGCAGAGUUCCAUCCAGAACUCGAAUGUGGAACCCAGACUGCAGAGAAAUCACCUGCUGUUCCACAGGUUGAGUUGUCAACCAAGGAAGUUCCAGUAGUCCACACAGAGACCAAAACCAUCACGUACGAGUCUGCAGAGGGUAAUGCCAAUGGGGACUCGGACCCAGGUGUUCUGAUGAGUGCUCAAACCAUCACCUCGGAAACCACCAGCACCACGACAACCACACACAUCACCAAGACCGUUAAAGGAGGGAUCUCUGAGACCAGGAUAGAAAAGAGAAUCGUCAUCACUGGAGACGCAGGAGACAUCGACCAUGAUCAGGCCUUGGCUCAAGCCAUUAAGGAGGCCAAAGAGCAGCACCCUGACAUGUCAGUGACUAAAGUAGUGGUCCACAAAGAGACAGAGAUCACACCUGAGGGAGAGGACUGACCCAGGAGUGAGCCGGAGGUCGGCCUGGUAUGACCCGGUGGACGAACUCAUUCUCCAGCUGUGACACCGCGAACGUUUACGUGACCGUGCUGUCUGCCGGGCCUGUGCCGGGACUGACUGCAGCUGUUACCACAGCAACAAGGCUAUUGUUCUACGGAUGGACUCUGCUCUGUGGAAUCUAUAGAAUGGGCCGUCCCAUUCCAGUCAGUGAUGAUUUAAUAGAUUCUGACUCUGUGCUCUGUUCUCUUAUAGGCCCAAACCUAACCUGAGUUCCAUGUGCUUAGCUUGGACUUGCUGUGUGAAUCCUUUGCAUUAACGUAAAUGGGAGUUAAAAAAAAUAAAUAAUCAAAUGUAAUUAUGUAGUUAGGAAUCUCGGGUUAGGGUGAGGGCUAAUUAUCGGUCCUGUACAUCUUUAUCAAAUGCAUAUUGCAUGAAGAAUGAUACAAUGUUGCAUUAUUUUGAAAAAGAAUGAUAUCAGAACAAACACUAUGCCCGAAAACUGUCAGAUCAGCUAACAUCCACUCAGAUCUCUGUAUAACAAGCAAAAAAAAAUGACUCAUUCACUGCCUUAUAGAUUUGGAUCACUUUGAAGAUUAUAGUGUAUUGUACCAGUAAUUAUUGUAGCUGUGUAGUUUAUUUUAUUUAUGAAAAAGCCAUCACUCCAAAAGGAGAAACGACUGUAAGCGGUACUUAGAGCCCACAGCAUUAUGAUUCUAGUGACCUUGCAGAUUGAAGUGCCAGUCUCUCAUCACUUUAUCAGCGAUUAUUUCAUCAACUUCUACAGAUCUCCUCAAGUACUGUACAUUGAUGUCAUGUGCUUCUAGACAACCGGAACUGCUACGGCAGAUUAUAUAUUAUAUAUUCAGCAACCAGAUUAUAUAUUCUGUAUUCUGCAACAAAUUAUGUUAUAUGAUGUUCUUGUGUUUUUGCCGAUGAUCAUUUGAUCAGAUUUCUUUCCUCCGUCGAUGAAGUUAGUCCACCAUUGCAGUGCAUUUGAAAAGGCCGGUGUCUCUGACCGUUCCAAUCACCUGUGUCAUUCAUAGUCAGGUUGGCCUGUAAGUCACCUGGAGUUGGUAUGAUGUCUCAGACUGGACCCACCGAGCAACAUUUGCGAUGGUGAAAUCCAGAUCUUCUGUCCAUUCACAGUGUAGGUUUACAGAGACUUGUUUUGUGUUCUACCUUGCAAAAUGGUUUAGAGACAUACGAACCAACACAGGCUGAACGAAUGACCAUACUGUGCAUUCAUUUAUGACUGGACUACAGUUCCCACAAUGCUGAUCCUAGCUCUGUACCUGGGGGAACUUUAAACUGAGUAUCAUCAGUGUAGUUCCUACAAUGCCGCUAUAUCCAUUCAUCUUAAGUCUUGCGCUUGCAACCAUCAGACAGUGGAAUAGUACCAAUUGGCAAAUGCGUAUCAUUGUAAUUUUUUUUGUCUUUUUUUAAAUAAAAUAUUGAUUAUAUUAC